CUUCUGCGUUUCUCUGCAACAUCAACCAUCUGCUGCUGGGUUUGGAGAGUCUUUAUGGAGCGAGAUUGGGAAAAUUUGCCUAAGCAUCUUCUAGAUUCAGUUGCAGAAAAACUACCAAAACCAUCUGACUAUUUGGGGUUCAGCUUGGUCUGUAAAUCAUGGUAUUCUGUAGCAAAGGAUAACAGUACCAAGCAUGCUAGUAUGACUGCUCCAAUGCUGUUGUUUAAUUCAGGCAAAAAAGACUAUUGUAAUUUCUACGAUCUCAUUAGUCAGAAGGUUCUUAAUUUCCAAGUGAAUGUGCCGAGGACGCGCCUUGUUGGGUCUUCGAAAGGAUGCUUAAUAUUUACAGAGAAAAAUACUGUAGAUAGAACUUUCAGUGUGAGCCUAGUAAAUCCACUCUUUAGAAUUAUAGGGAGGGAAGAGAAAGCAAACUCGCUUAUUCGGCUUCCUCCUCUAACUCCUCGAGGUUGGAAAAAAUGGUAUAAAAAUAGUCGGCGUUAUGUUCGCAAGGCCACAAUUUCAGCUGAUCCAAUAUUACAUCCGAACGAUUGCAUUGUUACAGUAAUACAUUUAGAAAGAGGUAGAUCGGCUUUUAUUAAUUUGGGUAAAGAUACAAAAUGGACUUAUGUGUAUGAAAAAGUUGAUGAUGCCCUUCUAGGUUUCCACAUGAUUGAAGAAGUUGCUAGCUUGGGAAAUAAGUUUUAUGCUGUGAAUUGUUGGAGCGAAGUUCUGUCUUUUGAUGUUGCUGCUGGGUGUAGCUCAUCAAAUACUAAAUUGGUUGGACGUGGCUGCGACCCUGGUGAGUAUGAUAUAAAGCGUUAUAUCUUUGAAGGAGAGAAGAAUACAUUGUGGAUGGUUCAAAGAUAUUUAAAGUUCGGAUCAAGCAAACGUGUGACAAAGAAGUUUAGAGUAUUUGAAUUGAAUUUCCAAGGAGCUGAGUGGACUGAGAAAAAUACAUUGGAUGAUGCUGCUUUGUUCGUGGGUGAGAAUUCUUCAGUACGUGUGUUGCCAGCGGAAGUUGUAGGAUUUGAAUCAAAUUGCAUAUAUUUUAACCAUGACUUUGAUUAUCUGGGCACCGAUGAUUACAGAGCGUGUGAUUUUGGUGUUUAUAGUGUUGAAGAUCAAUGCUUCCGAAAUAUCUACACUGAAAGUUCCAACAAGCUUUUGAAGAUGAGCUAUCCGAUGCCAAUAUGGGUUGUGCCUACAUUGUCUUUCCCGCUGUAA